ACUCGUGCGGGCCGGUGGCCGCGGCGCGGCUGCUCUUUCAACAGGCGAUUUGUCCUCCUGUCGGCGGCUCAUUUCCAUGCAAAGAGCCUGACAUCAGAGCACCUUUUGUUGCUAAACGCUUUCUUUAGCCUGGAGGGGAGAGAGUCAUGUGGAGCUGGAAGAGCUCAUUUUGAAGAGAGGGGUCCCGGGCAGUGGCUUCUGAGGUCCCGAGGCGCGGCCGUCACUCCUGCGCGGCCCUGCCCAAACUUGCUGGCAGGAACGAGUCGCGUGCCGCACUGAGCCGGUCCCCGUCACAGGAAGCAACGCCUUUGCCGUGCGUUUAAUUGCUUCUGGGCUGAGCGCAUUCCCCGCCGCAGCACUCAGUGGUGCGGACUUUGCUCCUGCUACCCUGUUGCUGAGCCCAGUCGGGCUGGGAAAGUUUCUGGAGUUGUCAGUCGUGCUGCCCGCGGCCACCUAGUUCCGAGGUGCGGACGCCUGCGAGGGCCCCGCGGGCUGGCGGGGGCCGCCUGGCCAUGCUGCGCGGGGGCGCGGCUCCGUGACGCCGAGGCCGGACACCUCGGACGGUCGCGCACUGGGGCUGGGCGAGGGCGCAGCGCGAACCGGGACGCACGGCCAGCGCGCGGGACGCGGCCAUGGAGGAAGACCCGGGAGCGGCUGGCCCGGCGCCGGAGCCCCAGCCGGAGCCCGAGCCCGAGCCUGAGCCCGAGCAGGAGCCUGGGCCCGAGCCGGAGCCGGUGCUGGACGUCGGCACGUCGGAGACGUUCUCCCGACUCUGGACCGACGUGAUGGGCAUCCUGGAUGGCUCACUGGGAAACAUCGACGACCUGGCGCAGCAGUAUGCAGACUACUACAAUACCUGCUUCUCGGACGUGUGCGAGAGGAUGGAGGAGCUGCGCAAGCGCCGGGUGUCCCAGGACCUGGAUGUGGAGAAACCCGACGCCAGCCCCACAUCACUUCAGCUGCGGUCCCAGAUUGAAGAGUCGCUUGGCUUCUGUAGCGCCGUGUCAACACCAGAAGUGGAGAGAAAGCACCCUCUUCAUAAAUCAAACUCAGAAGACGGCUCUGUAGGGAAAGGAGAUUGGAAGAAGAAGAAUAAGUAUUUCUGGCAGAACUUCCGAAAGAACCAAAAAGGAAUAAUGAGACAGACUUCAAAAGGAGAAGACGUUGGUUAUGUCGCCAGUGAGAUAACAAUGAGUGACGAGGAGCGGAUUCAGCUGAUGAUGAUGGUCAAAGAAAAGAUGAUCACCAUCGAAGAGGCCCUCGCCAGGCUCAAGGAAUACGAGGCCCAGCACCGGCAGUCGGCGGCCUUGGACCCCGCGGACUGGCCAGACGGCUCCUACCCGGCUCUCGAUGGCUCCUCCACCUGCAAUUCAAGAGAACAAUCGGAUGAUGAGACUGAGGAGUCGGUGAAGUUUAAGAGGUUACACAAGCUGGUCAACUCGACUCGCAGAGUCAGAAAGAAACUAAUUAGGGUGGAAGAUAUGAAAAAGCCCAGCACUGAAGGUGGGGAGGAGCACGUGCUGGAGAAUUCCCCCGUCCUGGAUGAAAGAUCCGCCCUUUACUCUGGAGUGCACAAGAAGCCUUUUUUCUUCGAUGGCUCUCCGGAGAAGCCUCCUGAAGAUGAUUCAGACUCUAUCACCACGUCCCCAUCGUCCAGCAGCCUGGACACCUGGGGAGCUGGCCGGAAGCUGGUCAAAACCUUCAGCAAAGGAGAGAGUCGGGGCCUGAUCAAGCCCCCCAAGAAGAUGGGGACAUUCUUCUCCUACCCAGAAGAAGAAAAGGCCCAGAAAGUGUCGCGCUCCCUCACCGAGGGGGAGAUGAAGAAGGGCCUGGGGUCCCUGAGCCACGGGAGAACCUGCAGUUUUGGAGGAUUCGACCUGACAAAUCGUUCUCUGCACGUGGGCAGUAACACCUCUGAUCCUAUGGGUAAAGAAGGAGAUUUCGUGUACAAAGAAGUCAUCAAAUCACCCACGGCCUCUCGCAUCUCUCUUGGAAAAAAAGUGAAAUCAGUGAAAGAGACAAUGAGGAAGAGAAUGUCUAAAAAAUACAGCAGUUCUGUCUCUGAGCAGGACUCAGGCCUCGACGGCCCGCCGGGCUCCCCCGCUUCUGUACAGCCAGACUCUGAGCACAUAGACAAACCCAAGCUCAAAGCCGGAGGAUCUGUAGAAAGUCUUCGAAGUUCCCUGAGUGGGCAGAGCUCAAUGAGUGGCCAAACAGUCAGCACCACCGAUUCCUCCACCAGCAACAGGGAGAGCGUCAAGUCGGAAGAUGGAGACGACGAGGAGCCGCCCUACCGGGGCCCCUUCUGUGGGCGCGCCCGGGUGCACACCGACUUCACCCCCAGUCCCUAUGACACGGAUUCGCUGAAGCUCAAGAAAGGGGAUAUCAUUGAUAUAAUCAGCAAGCCACCCAUGGGUACCUGGAUGGGCCUGUUGAACAACAAAGUUGGCACAUUCAAAUUCAUCUACGUGGAUGUUCUCAAUGAGGAAGAGGAGAAGCCCAAGCGCCCCACCAGGAGAAGGAGAAAAGGAAGACCACCGCAGCCCAAAUCCGUGGAGGAUCUGCUGGAUCGGAUUAACCUGAAGGAGCACAUGCCCACUUUCCUGUUCAAUGGAUAUGAAGAUUUGGACACCUUCAAGCUCCUGGAGGAAGAAGACUUGGACGAAUUAAAUAUCAGGGACCCAGAACACAGAGCUGUCCUCUUGACAGCCGUGGAACUGUUGCAGGAAUAUGACAGUAACAGUGACCAGUCGGGGUCCCAGGAGAAGCUGCUUGUGGACAGCCAGGGCCUGAGCGGAUGCUCCCCACGAGACUCAGGCUGCUACGAGAGCAGUGAGAACCUGGAACACGGCAAGACUCAGAAAACUGGCCUCUUAUCUGUCAAGUCGUCAACUGAGUCCAGCCUGAAGUCUUUUAACAGGAAUCAGCUGGGCAACUACCCGACAUUGCCUUUAACGAAGUCAGUGGACGCAGGGAAGCGGGGAGAGGAGAGCAGGCUGGGCCGAGGUCUCACCCCUGACACUUCCAAGCACUGUGACCCGCCCUUAGUAACUGGUUUGAAUAAGAACCGGAGAAGCCUCCCCGUUUCCAUCUGUCGGAGCUGUGAGACCCUGGAGGACCCCCAGACGGUGGGAGCCUGGCCCCGAUCCCAUUCCCUGGAUGAUCUUCAAGGAGAGCCUGACGCUGAAAAAGAUGUGCCUACUGAGGUGACAGAACCCUCCCCUCAGACUGUACCUGAAGUGCCACAAAAGACAACUGCCUCUACCGCAAAGGUCCAGGCCCGUGAGCGACUUUCCGCUGUCGACAAUGCAUUGCUACUGACCCAAAGCAAGAGAUUUUCUGAACCUCAGAAAAUGACUACUAAGAAACCCGAUGGCCCCACAGCCGCCACCGACCGCGGCUCAUCACUUCAGUGUUUGCCCAGAAACUCUGAGGCUCAGCCUCCCGGAGCCAAACACAGUUUAACAAGGACAUCUCUGGAGGCUCACCGAAAAGGACCUGAUUUUGAAGGAACAUACCAUCCCCCGGGCACCAAAGAAGGGGCAGAUGCUGAACAGAGGGUCCCUGAAACACGGACACAGCCAAAAGCUCCACAGCCUCCACCUGUUCCUGCUAAAAAGAGUAGAGAACGCCUUGCUAACGGCCUCCACCUGGUGCCCGGGGGCCCUGGCGGGACCCUGCCCAGCCCUGAUGCUCCCAGUCUGCCCAUAAAGAAGACCGGCCCCUCCGACUGCCCAGCACCUGCCGCCCGGUCGCCCUCGGGCCCGGAGCCUGGCAGCCCCCCCUGCACCAGGCCACCGCCCUGGCUCUCGGAGCUGCCCGAGAGCGCCAGCCUGCAGGAGCACGGCGUGAGGCUGGGCGCCGCGCUGAGCAGGAAGGUGUCCUGCGCCCGGGGCGUGGAUCUGGAGAUGCUGACCGAAAGCAAGCUGCACGCCGAGGGCAUCGAUCUCACCGAGGAGCCCUACUCCGACAAGCAUGGCCGCUGUGGGAUUCCAGAAGCCCUGGUGCAAAGAUAUGCAGAGGACCUCGAUCAGCCUGAGAGGGACGUUGCCACCAACUUGGACCAGAUCCGCGUGAAGUUGCUCCGGAAGCAGCACCGCAUGGCGAUCCCAAGUGGCGGCCUCACAGAAAUCUGUAGAAAGCCUCUGUCUCCCGGAUGCGUUGCCUCUGUGUCCGACUGGCUCAUUUCCAUUGGCCUGCCCAUGUACACCAGCACCCUCUCUGAUGCGGGGUUCAGCACACUGAGCCAAGUGCCUUCUCUGUCCCACUCUUGCCUUCAGGAGGCCGGCAUCACAGAGGAGCGACACAUAAGGAAGCUUGUAUCCGCAGCCAGACUCUUCAAACUGCCACCAAGCCCCGAGGCCAUGUAGCCAGGCCCGAGCCAGGCUCCCGAUAGACCUCCCUGGACAAGAGCCAGCCUUUCACUGUGCUUACGAAGCUGAUGCAAUUCCUCCAUCUCUGGCAGGCCAGCCAGAUUCAGAAGAAGGGCCCCAAGUGUGGCCUACAGAGAGUGAAACCCAGGCACAGGACCGAGGACCUUCUCCAGAAAAGCCCCCAGAAGGAAAUUGGUGCAGUUCUCUUUGACCCCCAAAGGCAAGACAAGCACUUAUUUUCAGAACACAGAAGAGCCGAUGCUGACUAGCUGCAAGUGCUGUGCCUCUGGUCUGUCUUUGUGUCCUGGCAGGGGGCUGGGAAAGGGCAGGAUAGCCUGACCCAUUUCUGAGCACGCCCUUGCCCUUCUGUUGGUCCUGUGGAUGCCCGAGCCAGACAGACUUAGCUAGGCCAAAGUAACAGACUCUGGAGUAAUUGUACACUAUUGACCAUGCGCAUUUGUUCAGAAGUUAGAAUAUCUGGCUGUACCAGGAAAAAGAAAGUCCUAUUCUCCUUUAGAUAAACAAAAGACUUUUAAAUAUUUGCUUCCUAGCAAUCAGCUUUUAUUUGCCUUAAUAUAAGCUUCUAAGCAUUAUCUAACUAGUGUCCACAACCCUGUAACCCUAAUUCCAAAUCUUCAGCUUAGACUGCCAUCUAAUGUAUCUGGGAUGUUUCCAGCAAAAAUGGGCUUUUCUAAUUGUCUCAUUUUAACAUGGCUUACUUUGUGGGAUGUUUAUUAGGCACACAUUUCAUGUUGGCUUUUGGGUUUUAAACUAACUACACAAAUCCAGGAAAAAGCCGUCUGAAAUUCGUGUGUGUGUGUGUGUGUGUGUGUGUUAACUGCAAUAACUGCCUUUAAUUUUAAUCAGUUUUGUAUUCUGCCACAUGAGUCACUCUGUUGCAGUAUUGACUUGGAAUCCUGACAACGUCCAUUCCAAAAUUCAGUCAUCAGCUAAUGGAUCACCUUUGCAGAAAGUCAUAAAGUUGAAUAUUUCAGAAAGUUGUUUCUAAAAAGGGAAGUAUUUUAUGAGAUGCUAUUAAAGUUUUUUCUUUUUGGUUUUAUAAUUAAGAUAGCACUGUUCUUCUUAUUUAGAUAAUUCUUCUAAUUCAAACAAGGGUUCGUGAGAGAGCCAGAUAAACCACCUUAGCCAGGUGUUAAGAAUUGCAUGUUUUCAGUUGCUUUUCAGCUGAUUUCAGCAUAUCGUAUCCUCUUUUAUUCUAUUGUCUGAUUUUCUAGCAAACAGCAAAUUUAGACAACUCUUAAGGCUUCUGUUGCUUUCAAAAUAAUUUUUUCCUUCACAUUCUUAUCAUGAGCACUAUUUGAAAUCUCAAAUGUGAUCGUGUAUAGGAGAAACAUUUUGAACACAUGACCUUGAUCAGAAGUGCUCUAAUAUUUCAUCUACAAAUUAUUUCCCUUGGGAGUAGGAAAAGUGAUUUCAUUAAUUACAAAGUCAUCUUUAACAUAUGCUUUAUCUAUCUGGAUCCAUGUCUCUGAGGAAAAGGACAUUCUCAGGUGAUUUUUUUUUUUUUCAUGCUUUGGUAUACAUUUUUAAAAAAUAAUGUAUUUUUCUUUAAUAAUAUUCAUUUCCUAUAAGAGGCCAUGUGAAGAAGUUGUGGAAAUGUAAAAUAAAAAAGGUAAAGCUGCCAAAUUUCUAUUAACUCUUGCAAACAGCUCAUUUUUGUCCUCUCAGGCUCUGGAAUAGCCCAUCUGGAAGGUGGAGGGGCUGCAGGGUCCUCAGAUAACUACAGCAUUCAAACAGAUUUUCUGUACUGUGAUGGAGGUGGGGCUUUUUCUUCUUUGACAUACCUCACUCGGCUUCACGUUCUGACAAAUGUUGCAAAAAGAUCACACGAAAGUCACGUUAGAGGUUAAAAAAAGGGGGGGGGGGCAGGAGGGGAACUCUCGUGUGAAUUUCCAAGUUUUAGUUCCUUCCCAGUGCAGGACUUUCACUGAAACUAGCACCAGAGGUUUCGAGAAUGCCAAACCGUAUUUUUAUCGCUCUUCAGACGUCAUUGCCUUUGCAUGGAAAAUUAAAUUCAGGGACCACAAAUAAUUUUUAGUGUGAACGUCUGAUCUAAGGGGGCUGAGGUUGUUUUGACUUUAUUGUUCUUUUUUUUUAAAAUUUUGUUUUAUAUCUUUAAUGUUUGUUUGGUCUGCUUUUUCUUUCACCUUUUAAUCUGGUCUGAGAAAAGCCUGAAUGUUUGUAUGUGACAUUUGACUGAGGUGCUUUGGGGCUGCCUGUGGAUGUUAGUGGACAGGUGGGAGGCUUUAGCAAUAUCCAGUUUUAAUCAGUUGCAUUUGGUAAAAGUUUUGAGUAACGGUGAAAAUCGUUGUCUUCCUUGGAAAGCACAAAAGAAACCUAGAAAGGCAGUUCAGCUCAGGUAGCUACACAUGACAUUGUGUAUAAUUUUUAUGUCACAGCUUCUGGAAGGAAAUACAGUUUCCCAAAUACUAUUUACAUUCCUGGAUAACCAAGAACAAAUAGCUUUUCAUGGGCUUCACUUACUCAGAGGUCCUUUUCUCUAUCCUGAACCCAGGUGUGGUUGAAAUUAGAAAUGACUCAUGUUAGAAAUCAGUUCCUGACAUAGCAAAGUUUGCUUUCAUAACUGCAGCGAAAGAGUUCAGUUCCCCAAGUCACUUGCUACAUGUGCAUACUACAUUAUAUUCAGAAAAAAAUAAUUGUCUGAGUCCAAGUUAUCUUGAUUUUAAAUUAAUAGAGAAAACAGUCAAGCAAGUUAUAUAACAACUAACAACAUUGCACUUUCUGUAUAUGAAAUCAAUAUUUAAAUAACUUAUUUUUCUCCAUUGCUGUUCUUAAACAUUGUAAGUAGCUGUAAUAUACCAGUACCAAUAUGUUCUUGCAAUUGCUUCAGCCCAAGAAAGCUGUGUAUUGUUUUAAAAUUUGUAAAAAUUAUUGUGAUGAUUCAUUUAGCAAAAAGAAAGGUGGACAGAAGGGUUUUCCUAUGUAUCAGAACUUGUCUAUAAUUAUGUCAUCUAUGUACCUAGAAAAAAAAGUAAAUAAAUUUCUUCAGUUGAA